AUGUUCUUUUUCUGCUAUCACGAUGAACAAGACUAUUCAAAAGAUUCGGUUCUUCGAUUAAGAGGUGGUGGAUGUUUCGAUUGGUUUGAUCAGUCGACCCCAGCAGAUAUCUCGGGUACAGGUCAUACUCCAAUGCUCCCUCAAUCCAAUGACAAUGAUCUAACAUCCUUCGAUGACCAAAAAACCAAAUCAAAAACCAAGACCAAAUCAAAAGACAAAGACAAGACCAAAACGAAGAGUGCAGAAGGUGAUGUAAAAAUCAAAGAUAAAGGUAAGAAAUUCAAGAUCAAAAACAAGAAAGACGGGUCCAUUCAGACCAUUCGCAAGAAUCAAAUAGAUCCAAUGGUAUCCCCUUAUACUGCCGGUCCUACCGCAGGAUUGGGACUGGGCGGGACUGGUUCGUAUGAGCCGAUUAGAAGAAGACGAUUUGAUCUUGGUCGAGAGGGAGAGGGAGAACAAAACGGAGAUCAAGCACAGGUGCCACGUGAACAAUUGGGAGAAGGAGGGGCGUUGGGAUUGAGCGGUUGUGGAGGUGGAAAUGAUAAUUCGUGGGGUGGUGAUGGGGUUGAUGAGCCUGGGUUGAAAAGUGUGGAAGUUGCGAAAUAA